CAAGGAAACUAGGACGGACGUGAUUGAUCAGAGGAUUGUACUCGCGGACAGAGCGCAGUAUAUAUACCGUCGACGCCCUGGCUUACAUCCAUUCUCUCUCUCGCUUGUCGCCCCAGGCUCUCAGGCUGCAUCCGUCUUCCUCACCCGCACUCAGGCUUUCCCAGAUAACCAGAGCCUUCUCAUCGACCAGCAUAUCCAAAAUGGCCCCCAUCGACAAACCAAUUGACGGUGAGAAGUUUGAUAUCGUUUACAUUGGCGGGGGGAGCGGCGGGUCUGCAGGCUCGCGUCGUGCUGCUCUGUAUGGUGCCAAGGUCGCUCUGAUUGAGGAGAGCGGGAAGCUUGGGGGGACUUGUGUGAACGUCGGAUGUGUCCCUAAAAAGAUUAUGUGGCAUGCUGCCGAUAUCGCAGAGAAACUCCACCACGCUGCCCAUGGAUAUCACUUUGAUCUGCCCAAGGAUAGCUCCACGAAGUUCACCUGGUCAACGUUCAAACCCCAGCGCGAUGCCUACAUUCGCUGGCUCAACGACAUCUACGACAAGAACGUGAACAAGGAGGGCGUCGCGUACCACGAGGGACACGCCAAGCUCACCUCCCCGACCACCGUCCAGAUCACCCGCCCGGACGGCAAGAACUACUCGAUCAACGCGGACAACAUCGUCAUUGCCACGGGCGGACGCCCUACUGUCCCGUCCGAUAAACAGAUCCCCGGAGCGUCGCUCGGCGUCGACUCGGAUGGGUUUUUUGACCUUGAGGAUCAGCCCAAGCGCGUCGCGGUCGUCGGUGCUGGGUACAUCGCCGUCGAGCUCGCAGGCGUCCUCAAAGCGCUCGGCUCGGAGACACAUCUGAUCAUUCGCAAGGACCAGGUGCUGCGCACGUUCGACCCCUCGCUUUCUGAGGUCCUCACGCCGUGGAUGGAGCACACCGGCCUGCAUGUCCACAAGAACUCGCACGUGCUCAAGGUCGAGGGCGCGAAGGGCCAGACGCUCACUGUGCACACGGACAAGGGCGAGGCUAUCGAGGUCGACACGCUCAUCUGGGCUAUCGGGCGCACAGCGAACACCGAGAACCUGGGCUUGGAGGACGUCGGCGUGAAGACGGACAAGAAGGGUGACAUCAUCGUGGACGAGUGGCAGGCGACGAACUUGAAGGGCGUUUGGUCGAUCGGGGACGUGCAGGGGAAGGCUCUGCUGACCCCCGUCGCUAUUGCCGCGGGCAGGCGCCUCUCAAAUCGUCUAUACGGCCCUGAGAAAUUUAAGAACGACAAGCUCAGCUACGAGAACAUCCCGACUGUUGUUUUCUCCCAUCCUACCAUCGGCACUGUCGGUCUCACAGAGCCAGAGGCCAGGGCGAAAUACGGCGACGAUGCUGUCAAGAUCUAUAAAUCAAACUUCCGCGCACUCUAUUUCUCCAUGUUGGCCCCAGAACACAAGGAGCCCACCAUGUACAAGCUUGUCUGUGUAGGACCAGAUGAACGCGUCGUCGGCGUGCACAUCAUCGGUGCUGGGAGCGACGAAGUGUUGCAAGGUUUCGCUGUCGCUGUGAAGAUGGGCGCCACUAAGCAAGACUUCGACGACACUGUCGCCAUUCAUCCGACAUCUGCUGAGGAGCUUGUUACUCUCCGAUAGACAGUGUUUACGAAGAGAUAAUUGAGGAAAAUUACGAGGAUCAUGUAACGUUUGAGUUGUAUAACCUACAGAUAGUACCAUGGAAUUAUUCGAAUUAUAG